UUCGAACCGAAUCCCCAUUACAGAACCGCUCUUUAUCUCUUCUCUUGUCUGAAAAAAAUCAAAACUUUUUCUUCUCAGAAAGAUUUAAAAUUUUCAAACAAAAAAGCCAUUCAUAAGCUUUUUCAUCGCUUCCUUGACACUUGUCUUUCGCAUCAUUCUUCAUAAUUUUGUAAAGAAAAGGAGCCACUUUUCUUCUUCCAGCUAUUAACAAUCCUCAACAUGCUUCUCCUUCCAUCUUCUACUUCUUGAACUCUCAAAACCCACCAGAGAUGUCUAAGAACACACAACCUGAAGAAAACGGAGAAGAGAAGCCAAUCUCCGAAGCUUUAAAGAGAUUCAAGAAAUCAAGACUCGUCUUUGAGCCCUCUCUAGGAGUGUUGGGUUUCUUCUUAGUUGUUUUGUGUUGUGUAUGGAGCUUUUUCUACUUUGAUUACAGAAACAUAGCUAAAAGCUAUAACCUUUCUGAUACGUCAGAGAGAUUCGUUUGGCUCAAACUUGACCACAACAACAAAAGUGAUGUUAUUAGUUCCAACAGAGUUGUUGGGUUUCUGGAAGAGAGUGGAGAUGGGUGUGAUGUGUUUGAUGGAGAUUGGGUUUGGGACGAGUCUUAUCCUCUGUAUCAGUCCAAAGAUUGUAGCUUUCUCGAUGAAGGGUUUAGGUGUAGUGAGUUUGGAAGGUCUGAUUUGUUCUAUACUCAUUGGAGAUGGCAACCUAGACACUGUGAUUUGCCCAGAUUUGAUGCUAAAGUGAUGCUAGAGAAACUCCGGGACAAGAGGCUAGUGUUUGUUGGAGACUCAAUAGGAAGAAACCAAUGGGAGUCUCUUCUUUGUUUACUAUCUUCUGCAGUUAAGAAUGAGAGCUCGGUUUAUGAAGUUAAUGGAAGUCCCAUCACAAAGCACACAGGGUACUUAGUGUUCAGAUUUAAGGACUAUAAUUGCACAGUGGAGUACUACAGAUCACCAUUCCUGGUUCCUCAAAGCAGACCACCAAAUGGAUCAGCCAAGAAGGUUAAGACAACUUUGAAACUGGACACUAUGGACUGGACUUCUAGCAAAUGGAGAGAUGCAGACGUUUUAGUGCUCAAUACAGGACAUUGGUGGAACUAUGGGAAGACUAUUAGAAUGGGAUGCUAUUUUCAAGAAGGUGAAGAAGUGAAGCUUAAGAUGAGUGUAGAUGAUGCGUAUAAGCGAGCUAUGGAGACCGUUAUGAAAUGGAUACAAACCGAGGUUGAUUCAGAUAAAACUCAAGUCUUCUUCCGCACAUACGCUCCUGUGCAUUUCAGGGGAGGAGAUUGGAGAACGGGAGGAACAUGUCACAUGGAGACAUUACCUGAGAUUAGAACCUCAUUGGUUUCAUCAGAGACAUGGCAACAAUUAAAGAUCCUGGAAGAUGCGUUAUCACAUUACUCCAACAGAUCAGAGACUGUUAAAGUGAAAGUGUUGAACAUUACAUCAAUGUCUGCUCAAAGGAAAGAUGGUCACCCGUCUCUUUACUAUCUUGGCUCGCGUGGUCCUGCACCGCUUCAUCGCCAAGACUGUAGUCACUGGUGCCUUCCUGGUGUUCCUGAUACGUGGAACGAACUCAUGUAUGCGUUGUUUAUGAAACAAGAAGCUUCUUUAUCUUCUGGAGGAGCCAAAGAAGUAAAUAUUACAGGAAAUGUGACAAUGUCGUGACCGUGGACAGAACAACAAGCUCAUGUUUCUUAUGGUGUUGGCGUUUUCUUGAAGAUGCUGAGGUCAAAUAUCAAAAGGGUUUUAAGAUUUUUUUGGUUAGAUUCAUUGGGUGGGGAUAUGUAAUUAGGUUGAUAAUCUUAAUCACUGGUUGUAAAGAUGAAAAAAGCUCAAAUGAUAUUUAAAGUAUCAUAUAGGUUGAAAGUUACCUCAUACCCCAAGUCUAGUUACCUUAUGAAACAAGGUUCAAAUUGAAGAAUUGGUCUGAAAAACAUUGAAGAUGUUAACAGACUACAAGAAGAACAAGUAAGGAUACUGUCUGGAUCAUGUUGAUCUGUGUCUGAUAAAUCAGAGUGCAUGUAUGCAUGUCUGGGAACUUCCUUUAUUUGUUAGAAAAGGUAUUUCUUUAUAUAUCAUUUACGUGUAGACAUAAAGAGUGACGUACCAAUUAUAUCAUUCAGGGUCAUGCCAAC